AUGCAGAAACCAUCAAACAACCAAGCAGAAACUGUCAAACAACCAAGCAGAAACCAUCAAACAACCAAGCAGAAACCAUCAAACAACCAAGCAGAAACUGUCAAACAACCAAGCAGAAACCAUCAAACAACCAAGCAGAAACCAUCAAACAACCAAGCAGAAACCAUCAAACAACCAAGCAGAAACCAUCAAACAACCAAGCGGAAACCAUCAAACAACCAAGCGGAAACCAUCAAACGACCAAGCAGAAACCAUCAAACAACCAAGCAGAAACCCUCAAACAACCAAGCAGAAACCAUCAAACAACCAAGCAGAAACCAUCAAACAACCAAGCAGAAACCAUCAAACAACCAAGCAGAAACCCUCAAACAACCAAGCAGAAACCACCAAACAACCAAGCAGAAACCGUCAAACAACCAAGCAGAAACCGCCAAACAACCAAGCAGAAACUGUCAAACAACCAAGCAGAAACCAUCAAACAACCAAGCAGAAACCAUCAAACAACCAAGCAGAAACCCUCAAACAACCAAGCAGAAACCGCCAAACAACCAAGCAGAAACCGCCAAACAACCAAGCAGAAACCGUCAAACAACCAAGCAGAAACCCUCAAGCAACCAAGCAGAAACCCUCAAACAACCAAGCAGAAACCAUCAAACAACCAAGCAGAAACCAUCAAACAACCAAGCAGAAACCAUCAAACAACCAAGCAGAAACCAUCAAACAACCAAGCAGAAACCAUCAAACAACCAAGCAGAAACCAUCAAACAGACAAGUAGAAACCAUCAAAAUAACCAUGUAGAAACCAUCAAGGAGUUGAGUCAUGCCACUUGGACCAAAGGGUCAAUGAAUUCUGAAGGGUUGCAAGUUGCUAGCAGUACAAAAAUGGGCUUAAAAGUUUGGGGUGUAAAUCAAUUAUCAAAGAGCACGGAGUCCCUUCCUCAAGUAGACUCAAGACUCUCGUACCCAGUGGCAUAG